GCCGAUCGCCUUUCCAUCAAGGCAAGGAGUUGACUCGCGUAACUCGUCGACAAGCUGGCUUCACCCGAGGGUCUGCUGCAUCGGCCGAACAAGGUGGAGGAUAGCGUGAGUAGCUUGAGCACCACCGACGAGAUGUCCUACGCCGACGUCGCCAAGAAGGGCCCGAAACAGAGCGACGAAGAGGAGAUCCCUCACGCAGUCCCUGAGAUCCUGCAUGACGACAGCGCAGUCCACACUCUAGACAAAACCUCCGGCAGUCAACACAUCCAAGCCAUGUCUUACUCCGACCAGCAGAAGGCCUCCGAGGAAGUCGAGCGCAAUGCCCAGCAGCUCGAGAACGACGCCAAGGAGACGGCGGACAAGGCCAGCCGUGAAGCUCGCGACUUCAUGAAGCGUGCCGAGGAGUCCGCCUCCCGCCUGCAGUCCAAGAGCGCCAAGAAGUACCAGGAGUUCACGCAGCAGGCCAAGGAGGACUGGGACAAGAUGUCCAGCGACGCGCAGAAGAAGUACCACGAGUUCAGCCGCGAGGCCGAGAAGCAGGCGGAGAAUGCCAAGGUCGAGGGCAAGAAAACUCAGGAAUGGGCGGAGAAGAACCAGAAUAACCCGGUCGUCAUUGGCAAUGCGGUUGUGAUCACGGCAUUGGGUGCGCUGCUCGGUACCAGUGCGUACAGGAUGCACAAGGCGGGCACCUUGACCUGGAAUGUGAUUGGGAUGUGGGCGGGUGCGGUUGGGCUGUUCGCUGUUGGCGAUUACUAUGUGUCGCAAUGGUUCUUCAAGAACAAGUACCCGCCGAAGCACUAGGCGCGUGCAAGCGUUCCAGCACCGGAGCUACCACAUACUGAUGCUCUCGACUCCUUCUUCAGCUACGAUAGCGAUGUGUCUCGGACGACGU